AUGUAUAUCCCUCAGCCCCUCAAUGGCUGGGCUCUCAGGAGCUCCAGUCUCAGGACAGAGCCUCGCUCCCCUGGUUUCGAGGUGGCAGCGCGUGCGGACAAAACCAUCAACGACAUCGCAAAGAGACAGGUCUCGAUAUCAGGUGGCCAGACCACCAACCUGACUGUUGGUGUCACGGUCGGGGUGGCCAUCCUCAUCUUUAUCCUUGGCGCCGGAGCCUUUCUCUACUAUUACAGAGUGUCUCUCAAAAAGAUUAGUCGCCGUCGACAUCGUCGUCGCCGCCGCCAUCACUCGCACAAGUCAUACAGCUCAAGGAGCUCCAAGAGCUCGGCCGAUGACGGCCCCGCUUCACAUCCACCUCCUCCAGCGCCGCCCUCCGCACCACGCUCUACCGCCCCGUCUGCCACGCCUGCCGACCCCCCUGCCGAUCCCCCUGCCGACGCUCCCGCCGAUGCUCCGGCCGACCCUCCAGCUGAUGCCCCGGCCGACCCCCCUGCUGAGAAGUAG